AUGAACUACCGGAUCGUGCUUGGGGCCAAGGUGCCCGUGCUCAACCCCAACUUCUUCCGCUCGCAAAUCAGCGGCAACCUGUCUGUCAGUUUCUACGACGCAGCCGCUGGCUGGAAGGACUUUGGCCCCGAGGUCGUCCCGCCGCGCAGCUUCCCCUACGACGUGCGCGCCAAGGUGGACGCCUCCAACCUGCCCGGCAAGUACACCGCCGUCGUGAUCGGCUGCUGCCUCAACUUCCCGAGGCGCCUGAUCUUCUUCCUGACGGCCGCGUUCAAGGUAGGCGGCGGGUGCUGUGGGGUGGGCCGCGAGUGGCCGGAGUUCAGGGGCGGGAGUGGGUUCUGA